GGAACAAUAACAGCCGGACGCUGUAUGAAGGUGUAUGAUGUUACGGAAUGAGAUACUUUCAGUUCUGUUUCUUGAUAAAGGUGAAAAAAGUCCUCGAUACAACUUGAGAUUCUUUUGAUAAUGUAUAGUCUAAGACAGUACGUGCAUGAUGAUGGACCUUUAAUCCUGGAUGGCGGACUUGCAACUGAACUAGAAGCGCAAGGAGUUCAUUUACAGGUAAAACAAUUUUUUACAUAUUUAAGAAAUACAACAACAUUGACUACGGUCUCUGUCUUAUACAAAGGCAUUGAUUCUCAUUUGAAUUUUUGUUAUUCAAGCAGGAUGGACCUCACAACUUUAUAUAGCCUACAAUUUUGCCGAUUUAAACAUGUAAUUUGGCAAUAUUCUCACUUUUAUAUGCGUUUUAAAUUAAACUAAAAGAUAUUGUGGUGUUUAUCAUGUGAUUUGCUUUAUGCAUUUAGAAUUGAAGCCUACAUCUUGCAUACGUUUUAAUAAAACAAGAUUAUAACAGUUUAAUAGAAAUAUCGACCAAGUAUUUACUAACUUCUGUUGUCUUAGUACAUUUAUCGUGUUAAAGAAAUUGCUCAUGGUUAUCCUCGAUAAGCCAUGCAACCGGAGAAAGAAAGGCUGAGUCAUCUCCCCGUGAAAAGUAUCGACAACCUCAGGGCCCAACAAAAUAUUUCCACUGUCCCAGAUAAUAACAGUGUUUUGCAGCUGAUAGCAGAAAAGAUACUAAGAAAUUAAAAGUAAGGAUAGCUGUAUUCAAAAAUAUUUUAUAACUAAUACAAGAAGUUGAUGAUAACUAAUAUGUAAUAGGUUAGAAACAGAUCAAGUAAAAGUAUGUGGAUACUAACUAAAAGUUUAAAUAAAUAAAAAUGAAGUUGUUUGUCCAAAUUACAGUACUAAAUAUGUAGUUAAAAGGGCUUGAUUACUAUCAGUAGCUAUGGGUGAGACUUGAUGAACUUAGGCCCUCCCAAAUGGUCCUCAUAUUAACCGAGUCUGAAGGCUUCUUGACAGCUCAUUUUCAUGCUCUACAUCUUAUCAACAAGAGUUAAUGUGAUGCUGUUAAUGUGCUUUUUGGUGCCUGUGACGUUACCUGUGAUAUGGCUUUAAUACUUAACUGGUCUUCAUUUAGUCCAUCUGUUCUUACAUCUUCUUUAUGUUGACAUACAUGCUGCAGAACCCAUUAAGAAGGUUGUUUUUAGGUUAGGUAGGCCCAAUAGUUUACUCUUUGGUUACCCUUAUGUGACCCUAUUGUGUGUUUAUUAUUGUACUUUUGCAUUUAUCUCUGAUAAAGUAACACUUUAAAUGAAAUUUAAAUGUUUAUACUAUUUCGUUGCAUGAUAAAAGUAGUGGACCAUAUUACCUAAAUUCCCCAACAGAUGGCACUACUUUCUCAUUGAUUAUUAUUCUGGCAAUACUUGAUACAUAAAUUUAGCUCAAGGUUUUUGUAAGUGGGGUUGUCGAUCCCUGGGGGAUGUCCAGGUGCAGUAGGGGUUGCUGAAACUUGGAAAUCAGGGAAAAUUAACAGAGGAGUGCCCCACUAUACUGUUUAAGAUUCACAUGAAUUACAGUGGGUGUUUACUACAGAAGACAUGUUGAAUGAAAUGAAUGAAUAAAAUAGGGGAAAAUGUCUAAUGCUAUACUGAGGGUCCUUGUCAUGGCUAAGUUUCAGGACCCCUGCCCUAACCUAAAUAUUAUUCUCUUAAACUGUUAAACUUACUGAGAAUAUUAUAUGAAAUUGUCUAUAAACUAUGGAUAUUCAUAAUGAAAAUAAAGCCUAAAUAAUAAAUGAUAAUAAAUAAAUAAAUGAAUAACAAUUGUGUCAACCUUGCACUCCAUGUGGACAGAGCAGUCUUUGGUUAUCUUGUCCUCUACAUGUUUAAAUGGUGUCUUCUCCCAAAAAAAAUCUCCUCAUCCAAGCUUUUAUGUUUAGAUAUAUCAUUUGUUGUGAUUAUUUUGUGUGGAAAUUGUAAAAGGCAAUGCUGUUUCUUCAGCAGCUUAGCGGACAUCUACCCCCUCUCAACAGUUUCAGGCACUGAAAACCACAAUAUAAAAAUUGUCAGUUUUGUUCCAGGUAGUCCUAUCUCUUCCUUAACAUGAAAUGGCAUCAACAUGAACUAUUUCCUAAAUAUAAAAAAAGUCCUCAUAGGAGCUUUAAUGUUAACCAAAGUUUUAUACAUGAAAUAAACUCUUACACUUAAAUAAAUAAAUCACAAACAGUUUUUAUAAACAAGCACUGAAAUGUCAGUUUUAUUGCACAUGCAGGGAGAUCCUUUGUGGAGUGCUAGGCUCCUGCAUACUGACCCCCAGGCCAUAAGAGACGCUCAUCACAGGUAAGGUUCAUGCUAAUUAUGAAACCUGCUCAGAAAAAAAAAAAAUCUGCCGACUUUGAAUUGAAAUGGUUUAUUUUAACCAUUUCAAUUCACAGCAAUAUGCAACUCUUCAACUGAAAAUGCAAAAUACUUGUUCUAAGCUUCACAAAUGCAAGGUUUUUCUGCUUUAGCAUCAUAAAGGUUUUAAAUUUGGGGGAAUACAUUUUUGAUCAGCGAUAUCCACUUGUCAACCUCAGGCUUUAUAAAGAGCUGAGUUGAUUUUGACACCCCCCCUGUGGACAAGGCAGUAUAACUAGUCUCUGCUGAUGUUAGGCAUGAAAAUUUUUUGUUUGUUUUUUUUGACAAAAAAGUUCCUUCCUGUGAAUGUAAGUUAUUAUAUGUUUUCUUUAGGCUAAACCAUUUGCAGAGUUUGUUGAAUAUCGAUAAAGAAAAGUAGAAUUAAUUUAUCUGAGUAUGUGCAGGUUUAUCGUCAGUGGUGCUGAUGUUAUCACAACAGCCACAUACCAGGCCAGUGUCAGAGGAUUCAUAGAUCACCUAAAUGUGAGCUCUGAUCGCGCCCGAGAGCUGCUGAUGUCUGGAGUUCAGCUCGCCAAAGAGGCUGCAGAGAGAUUUGUCUCAGAAAGUCAUUCAAAAGGUACAAUAUGAAGCUGUUUUUGAUGUAUUUCAAACUGCACAAACUUUGACUUAGCAAAUUUUGAUUCUGUUACAUUGAUUUCAACUCUACAGAGCGGAGACCUCCUCUAGUGGCCGGCUCUGUCGGACCAUAUGGAGCCUUUCUUCACAAUGGAUCAGAGUACACAGGGGCAUACGCAGAGGAGAUGAGUGUUGAGGUACAUUGGAUCAGAAACUGUGAACAAUAUUGUGCAUGAUUUAUAAAGCUGAAAACAGACAUGGAAUACACAGCAAAAACUCAUCUGACAAAAUACAAGGAAUUAAUUGUCACAAGAAGUGCAAUGCUGCAAGUGCUAAUAAUAAUAAUAAUAAUAAUAAUAAUAAUAAUAAUAAUGAUAAUGCAUCAAAUUUUAUAGUGCUUUUUAUCAGUGACCUCAAAGCGCUUUACACUGGAUACAUCAUUCAUUCACUCACACAGUCACACUUUGGUGGUGGUAAACCACCUUAGUAGUCACAGCUGCCCUGGGGCAGACUGACGGAAACGUGGCUGCCAGUUUGCGCCUACGGCCUCUCUGACCACCACCACCACACAAUACUCACAAUCAUACACCAGUGGAGGACACACACACUGGUAGCAAGGUGGGUUAAGUGUCUUGCCCAAGGACACAACGGACAGACUAGGAAUAGGACGGGGCUCGAACUGUCAAUCUGUGCUGUCAUUUUCGAUACUUCACCUUUUGUGGUUUUCACUUGUUUUGCAGUGUAACUUUAUAUUUGCCCAGAUGUGCAUAGAUAUAGUAGUUUCAGUGUUAAGCAAUGUUUGCUGAGUUACAAUCAAACGAUCUCAGGCAUUUUUUUCCUCCUGUUCUCUCAAGGAUCUUAAAGGCUGGCAUCGGCCUCAGGUUGAAUGUUUAGCAGCAGCAGGAGUCGAUCUUAUUGCCUUUGAGACGAUCCCGAGUAUCAAAGAGGCAGAGGCUGUGGUGGAGCUGCUCAAAGAGUUUCCAAACUGUGACGCCUGGCUCUCCUUCUCUUGUAAGGUGACUGUGAUCAACAAUAACCAUUCAUGGCGUAGAUUUCAUUCAAAACACUGCUUCUUCUCCAGACUGAAAAAUACAAAGGGACCAAAUCACUCCUAAGCUGCUUUCUCUCCACUGAUGCAGUUCGGAUGCAUAACUGCAACGAUGGGUGUCCGAAGUUAGACACAGUUGCAGAAAAGGUUUAACAACACUAAAAACUUUUGUUACUGAUGAUGUUGUGGCACAAAUUCAUCCAGUUCAGAGUGCGCAGGUGAGCUUACAGCUGGUAUUAAAGUAGAAUGGAGAAAACCUGAGAAGUUGAGGAGAAAAGCAGUGUGAGUAGUACCUGUAUAACACACACUGCAUGUGUUUGUGAUAUUAUCUUAGACACUCAAAGUCUCCUGUCCUGUUACUGUCAGUAGAUACUCUGCUAAUUCUGAUGAUGACUAAAACUGAAGAAGGUCUGAGAACUGCACAAUGUAAAGCAAUAUAGAAAAUCUAGUGAUUCCUAAGUGGAGAUGAGAGUUUGCAGGAGUGUAUUUAUUUAUUGGAAAACGCUUUACUUACUUGCUCACUUACCGCUGUCUCAAAAAUAAACAGCCUAAUUGCUGGGGUGAUCUCCAACAUGUGUUACGUGCUGUAGUGUGUAAUGCAUGCUUAGUAGUGUGUCAUUUUCACUGUUGUGUGUUGUGUAUAAUGUGAAGUUAACAUAUGAUUCUAACUGUUAAAAAUGUUUUAGACAGCAAAAUCAGAGGUUUCUUUUUAGCCUUUACCCUUUCAGAUAAGAUUGUUCAUAUCCUAAUAGAUUUGAACAUUGAUAUCUUGUCAUAGUUAUUCAUUUUUGCACAUUUCAUUGGUCAGCCUUGGUUUUUUUUUUAAAUGUGCUAUAUGAAUAAAUUUGAAUCGACUUGUUGAGUAAAUGUCUCUCUCUGUUCAUCUUUUUUUAAUCCUGUCAGGAUGGGAGUCAUAUAUCAGAUGGCAGCCUGUUCACUGAUGCAGUGCAGGUUGCUAACACAUCCACUCAGCUGGUGUAUGUAGGAGUAAACUGUUGUUCUCCAGAGCUGGUGGAGCCACUGCUGGACUCUGCUGGGUCUUUGCUGAGCCCCCACUUGAGCUGGGUGGUUUAUCCUAACAGUGGGGAGGAGUGGGACACAAGGGAGGGGUGAGUAUGCAGUCAAGUUUGAAUACUUUAACAAUAAUUAUAAUGAUGAUGAUUAACUUUAUUUAUACAGCACUUAUCCAAACAGGAUUACAAAGAUCGAAACUUCUUUGAUGCACUUGAAUGCUUUUGUGCAAUAAACUAGAACUUUCAAAGUGUUGUUUGUCUUUCACAAAUAACUGAAUCAAUCUGCUUGUUUUCAUAAAAAGGUGGCUCACGUCAGAAAAAAGGUCAGCAUCAAUACCUAAAUUUAGUCACGCGUGGAAGAAGCAAGGCACAGCUUUGAUAGGUAAGAAUAACCUUUGCCUCUUCUGUUCUUUUUUGUCAUCCCACUCUCUGUUCAUGACUGAUUUUCUCUCUGUCACUCAGGUGGCUGUUGUCGAAUCAGACCCACUCACAUAGCAGAGUUGAGACGAGAGCUGAAAAGAGGCCGCACAACUGCAAAGUGAAGUGGACGGAAACUGUGAAACUUCUGAAGAAAGAUGUCUGUCCCAGGAGUUUAUAAAAAAAUCUUCAUUUAUUGUAAAAUUAAAUAAAUAAAUAACCACUACAUCAAAUCACAGGAGGAAUGACAAGAGUGGUGGGAUCAGAGACAAAUGGCACCAUAAAGGUGUCGUGAUUAAAUGUGUCUGAAUAUAAACAUGAAAAUAAACCAUGCAGGCUUUAACUCUCUUAGGUUUCACAUUUGGAUUGAUUACCAGGGAUAGAAUACAAACUGUAUAGAAAGAUGGACGACAAGACAAAUCCAUAAAAGUGAGGCCCAACUGUUGUGAGCCCCCUCUGCUGACUGGCUACAGUAUAGGUCAUAGACCUGCCUCUCUAUUUGGACAGAUGAGCCAUGGGGCGAGCUUUAUAAUAAUACUAAUAAAAAACAUGGCAGAGAAAUGUUUGUUAUACAGUUUCUGUCAUUUUAGUUCUUGAAAUGCAGAUUUAUGCCCUACUGUUGAUUGAUCUGUGGAGUGUAGAUUUAAUUAAGUUAUUUGAUGCAUCAGUAACAUGUCAAACAUUCAGAUUGUCAGCUAUGUUGGUAAAUGAGAUGUCCCAAACACUUAAGAGUCCUUCAACUUUCCAUCCUUGUGAUUGCUGCUUGAAACUGAUGCAAGACUCUGUUUGGCUGGGGUCACUGUAAGUCACCACAUUUCCCCAUUUACAUAAGCAUUAGGAUUCAGCAUAGACUGCGAGUCUGUUACAAAGAAGGGCACGCUAAUGUGCAUAUACCAAACACCCUGAUAGCCAAUUAGAAUGAAGAUUCCCUGGUGGUGUACAUCAGUAAUGGACCAGUGGAAGUCCUUUCAUCAAAAAAAUGGAGAACUAACCAAUCAGGACGUCAGACCUGAGCUACAGGAUACAACUUUUGAAUAUUGAGACAGCAAGAAAAAAAGAGCUUGCUCAGGAAAAAGGGAGUGUAGUGGUCAGAUUAUCUGUUAAGUUGUUGAAAAACAAUAAAUCUUCACAAUGUGGUCAACUUCAACCAUGUUUGAUGUCAUCAGGCUUAAAUGAUAUGAAUUAGCCUCUUCUCUAUUGCAUUACAUCAUAGACAAGCAAGUGGAGCGAGUUAUUUGUGCAAACAAGUUCAGGUGUUCAGAUACAUGUGAAUUAAGCAACUUAGCACUUUGUUUUGCGUUUGGUGUGACGCUACAUGAAAAAUAGCAUGUGCUCACUUCUGCAAAAUCUGUUUGUCCUCAGUUAUGAAUUCAAGUUUAAAAAAGGAUUCACUUUUCUCAUAUUCAGGAGCAGGCUGUCAUCACUUUUCUUGUGAAAUCACAGCUUAAUUACAUUUCAAAUCUAUCUUUUUAAUCAAAUUAUGUUUUGUUUUGUUUUUUUUUUGUUAUAGUUUUACAGUAUUUUUCUAAUAACUGUUUUUAUUUUUUGUAAAGUUGAUGGCUUUAUUCGCAAUGAUUUUGCCACUUUAUUCCUGCAGCUUUUCAUCUUUUCUCUUGUUAAGGUGCUUUUUUCACAGCUGAAGGCAUGGAAAGUUCUGACCUAUUUCUCGUGAUCUUAAUUUUUAUAAUUCCUAGAUAUGGGCUUUAAUUUCUGUCACAGGAGGAUUCAUCAUGUGGUUUGGCUUCUACUACCAUCUAUAGGCUUUUAUUUCGCAGUGCACCACAGAUGAUGUCCCCUUUAAAGCUGCUUACAUUUGUUAUUGGAUCGAUUCUGUAACAAAUGCACUGAUGCUGUUAUUGGCAAAGAUACCUGUUAUUUUGCCAUUCAGAUUUUCCAAGCACAGUCCAAAUCUCUCCUGCCUACACUCCGGCUCUAAAAGUCAUCAUAAAAUGCAAUUUAUCAGAGCCAAUCAAAGAAGGUACUGUAGCUUCAUCUUUUUUACAGUGAGAGGAAGUGGAAAUGUGUCGUCCAUCUUUCCAUGCAGUCAGUAGGAUUGAGCAUCUCCACUAUCAUUUCUGUACAGCUCCAGUCUUCUAAAAAACUGGGAUCAACACCCGUGUAACAGUCUCACAGUAGGUUUCACAAAGCACAACAAAAUGUCAGCUGCUUUCACGACACUGAAACUGGACAGAGUUUCCACUGAACUGAACAGACCACUGGACACCAGGAGCAGCAGCUCACCUGUACAAGGUAACAUGGAGGAGUGUCAUGUUUGAACAGAAAAUACAGCAAAUGUGUUUCUGAACAGCACUAACGUGACUUCAAAUGUGCUCUCUAACAGGAUCAAUGCAGUGACUGUGUGACAAAAGCAUAAUAAGAGCUGUAUGUGUGUGUGAUGAGUAGUGGUAGAAUGAGAUUAAAAUAAUACAGUAGUGUGAACAUGUUGAAAACACCUAAAUUCCUUUUAGUUAUUAAAUGAUAGACAGAAAAAAUGACUGAAACAACUUACAAUACAGCUGCCAUAAAGAUAACACCUCUCUCCCUGGUUCACGGGUAUGUACCAUUUCUAAAAUCCAUGACUUGGCCCAAAAAUGUGAGCAUAGCCAUCAGACUGUCUUAAAAUUUCAACUUUCAAUUUAGGGGCAAGUCUGUUAAUUUUCUGUCUUUUACAUCAACAAAUCCCAUGAAACACCAUUAAAAAGCAAGAAUUGGUCCUUUAAACCAUGUGUCGUUGUACCCAAAGCUUGUUUUCUCCGCGCUGAAGACUUCCAUUCAAUCUAAAAUCUACCAAAGCACACCAUUAGCUAAGUGAUUUUUUGAGCUUUGUAAUUUCUAUUAGUGUAUCCCCAUAAUUUCCUAAAGCGAACCUUUCUAAAAGGAUCAAUAAAGUCUGUCUUAAAUUAUCGAGUCUAAUUUGCUGUCUUGUCAUCUUCAAGAAGAAGGGAUGUCCUGAUCCAGAUUUAAAAAACUGAGACUGAGCCCAUCUGGGAUUUUUUUUUCUUUUCAAAGUUAUGUUUUUGAUCACUUUUGCCCAUAUUGAAUAUGAAUACUGAAUAGAUAAGGGGGUAGAGAGUGGAGAAGACAUACAGUAAAGGGUCAUUACCAACAACUGCUGCAACAGGUAAUACAGCCUAUGCUAGUGGGGCACCCUUAGUCAGUUGAAUAAAGGCUGGGGCAUCACAGCCUAGCAGUCUGAGAAUCAGUGAUUUGAGCCACUCAUGCCACCCUGAUCAUUUCCAUCAGCUGCUGCACAACAAGGGUUCAAUUUAUGGACAUCUUGGAAACUCUGUAACUAAAAUGUCAGCCAUGUGGAAAUGUAUAAAAUAUUUUGUAAGUGGCAGCUGGACUGUUUUUCAUUUUCCAUUUUAAAUUAUAAUAGUUUUUAAAGGGGGUAUCAAGAACAGAUGCACUCAGUACUAUAAGCUUGAUACAUCUAAAAACUUAACAUGCAAAAUCAUAUGGCCUGUUCAUUACAGUAACGGAGAAAAGGAUGCUGCCCUGUUAGAGCCCGAUAAGUAACAAUGACCUGAAAUGUAAUUGAAAAAAAAUGUUUUAAAACCCAAAAUAUAAUAACUAGUCGAUAAUGUGACAAGAUUCUGAGACCAAAACAUAAUAACUUUUUGCACUUUAGGCAACUCUUUUGUAACAUUAUUGACAAAUUACGUCAUGUUGGGCUCUAUCAUAUUGAGCCCAAAAAAGAGUGAAAAUUCCACAGAGAUCACACAGUAGGUGAUAGCAUUCUUCAUUUUGGACAACCAGCCCAUCUUUGUGGUAGAAAAUCCAAGUUUUUAACUUCUUUUAGAGCUCUGGGAUCCAUGCUAUGUCCUGCCUUCUUGAUACUAGAUGUUAUUAAAUUUCACUAAGCAAUUUCACCAAUCUGAGUAAUGUUUUGCUUUCAUAUUCAAGUUUUACAAGCUAGUGGGACAAAGCUAAAUAAAAUAAGCUGACGACAUCUUUUAGUUCAUGUUGAACCAAGUUAUUUCUGUACACCCAAAAAACAGCGCGCAGCUCUAUGAUCUAAAGAAAUGCAAGUAUCUGGUCAGAACUCUGUAUCAGAUAUCUGAUCAGGAUCAGGGGCGAAAACAGUCGUUUAGAAAAUCCCUACUGAAUAUUAUUUGGUGCAAUAAUGUAUAUCAAUCUUUCCCCUAAAGUUCUCUCUAAAAAAUUGCACUGUACUGUCACCUGAGUGACAUUUUCCAAGAACUACACGGUCUCCUCUUUUUGGAAACUAUUCAGCUUUUUUAAUGGCUUUAUUGUCUUUUAACCACCAGGCGGAGCAGCUGAACUGUCCUGGUUCAGUUUCACAGCUCUAAGUGUCAUUUUUCCAGAGCAGUAGGCAGCUAUCUGAAACCCUUGGGAAAACCCACUUUGCACCAUGUGCUCAGCAUUUAGUUUCCGGCAGGGCAAAAUCCAGGAGUGGCUAAAGAGCCAAGUAAAGUCGGGCUAAGGGCCUAAACAGGACAAAACAGCAGAUUCUAGACUCCUACUGAUGCUUCCAAUGCUCUAAGAACGAGUGUGGUCUAGACCUGCUCUUUUUGGAAAGUGUGUUGAGAUAAUGACUGUUGUGAUUUGGUGCCAUAUAAAUAAAAAUUGAUUAAUUGAUUGAUAUAUCAGCUUUAAAUGUACUACAGGUUCAAAAGUCUAAAUAUAAUGUAUAAAAUUGAAGUUGAACGAGUAAGUUUUACGGAGAAAGUUUAACAGAGAUGAUAAAGUAGCACAUUGAUGGAUUUGGUUUUUGCAUGGGAUUUAUUAGAAGUAAAAAUGACCAGACUUUUCCUGGACAGAUGUACCUCUUGGCUGCUGUGUUGUAUUCUACGUCUCUCUGUAAAUCCUGUUAAACCUGUUCAGUCCAUGUUGUCUUCCUCCAGGUCGCUGUCAGGUGAGCUCCUCUGUCUGUGCUCGGCUGUGUUGGACUGGCGUUUCCAGCUGCUGUCUUUCUGACUCCCCAUACUGUGUGAGCGUCCCAGGUUGGCCAGACGCUUCGAUGGAAUCCUGUCUUCUGGUUCAUUGGAGGCGUGGGCUCGCUCUGCACUCGAGUGGUGAAAGUCGUGCCGCAGGUUCUCCAGGUUCAGAGCCCAGGGGCCAAGUUUCUGCCAGUUCACCCUCUGGAAGGCCAUGAUGCAGUGCAGGUUAC